GAGCUGAUUACGGCGACGGACGGCUUUGCCGAGGCGCGCAAGGUGGGCGAGGGAGGCUUCGGGCGCGUCUACCGCUGCGACGCGCUGCCGUCUCUCCCGCGCGUCGCUUGCGGGUUCGCCGUCAAGACGGCGCUGGUCGGUGUCGGCGCCCAAGGCCUCGCCGAGCUGCAGAGCGAGGUGCGCACGCUCAGUGCGGCGUGCCACCAGUCUCUACUCCCUCUCCUCGGCGUCUGUUUGGCGCCGGCGAGAGCGUGCCUCGUCUACCCUCUCUGCCGCGGCGGCAGCCUCGAGGACCGCCUCUACCGCACUCCAGCCGCGCUGCAGCGGCUCCGCAUGCUCGGCUUCGAGACGCCGCCUCCGCCGCUCUCCUCCGCCGCACGGCUCCGCGUGCUGCGCGACGCGGCGAGCGCGCUGCAUUACUUGCACACGCGCUCUCCGAUGAUCCUGCACCGCGACGUCUCGGCGGGCAACAUCCUGCUCGAC